AUGAACUCCCAAAUGGCUCCCAAGCUUUGCAAUAGCGACAUCAAUAGCGACAUCAAUAGCGACAACCAUAAUCACAAUCUUCAAAUCAAGAAAAACCUAAUAAACAAUCUAGUCAGCUCCAUAAUUUCCAUUCCUUAUAGCAAUGAAAACAAAAUAUCAAAGGAAUCCAUUUGGAACUGCUUGUUUCUUCUAAUAGACGACGUUGAUAAAAAGCAUUAUAAAAACUAUUUGCAUAUCGACUUAUUUGACUAUUUGAUUGAUUUCACUCAAAAUGAUACCCAUUCAAUUGAUACAAAGAUCACUGAAUUAAGAUUCCUAAAGAACAAUCUACUAAUUUAUAAUAAAAACUUUAAUAGAUUUCUAUUGUUUUAUUUAUCCAACUUGCUAAAAUAUAAUACACUAUCUUUAUUAAAUGAAAAGAUUACAAUAGAUGAUCAAGCCAAAAAAAUUAUAUUGAACUGUCAAUUUAAUAUCAGAAACCUAAAUACAUUAAAAAGAAUAAUAAAUAACAAUACCAGCAUUGAUGACAUUAAUAACAAUAAUAACUGUCCAAUUUGUUUAUUAAAUAAUAAACAGUUUUACUAUUUUACUGAAUGUGGCCAUUCAAUAUGUAAAGACUGUUCAAUUAGUCUUAUCCACUUCAAUCAUAACGAUGAUAAUGAUAAUGAUAAUCAAAUUCAGAAUAACGCUCAUUUUAAUACUCACAAUACUGAGGAUAAGAAAAUAAAAUUCAUUAAUGAUAAUCUUAAUUUUAAAUUCAAAUGUUGUUUUUGUAGAACAAAAAUUUACAAUAUUAUUGGUCAAUCUCAAUUAUUAAAUGAAAUAAAUCUAUAUCAUUUAUUAUUUAAUAAUAAUAAUAAAAAUAAAAAUGACAACAAAUUAUCAAUAAAAAUAUGGUACAACUUAUCAAAAAUUUAUUCCAUCGAAAAAUUAGACUUUUUAUUUACUUAA